AUGGCAGUCGAGAAUACGACAUGGCGAAAUAACGUCUGGCUAGUGUGGUUUUACAUCGUGUUUCCCAUCACUGUCUUAAUCGACCUCCAAGAGGUCAUCUACCCAUCCUCUCUCCUCGUCCCAGCCGACGCGCCUCUGCACUUCGCCUACAAAGCCAAACAAGACUACAUCGCCAAGUUCAACGACCCCAUUGUACAAUGGUCGCCCGAAACAGCCUCCGGUCAUGACAGCUGGAUGGGGCUUUUUAUACACCUCGAGUUCUUUUUUCUUCUCCCCGUCAUGAUCUACGCCAUGUACAAGAUGGGGAUCAGGCAGAAGGGAACGAGCGGCCCCGACGAGCUACUCUUCUUUGUGUAUGCGCUUUACAAUGCACUCACCACAGCGGUCUGCAUUCACGAUACAUUUUAUUGGGACAAGACUAUCUGGGCGGACGAGAGUCAGCUGUGGACGCUGAGAUCAGCGUACUAUGCGCCGUUUGUGUUCAUCCCUCUCCUCGGGGCGUUUGACAUGGGUUCACGCAUUCUAUCCCGGUUCAAGGCGGCGGAUGCGGCGGCAGAAUCGAAGAAGGCCGAGUGA